UGGUCUCUGCUCACCUGAGCGUUUCAGGUGGCAGUCGCCCUGCUGAAUCGUUCAGCGACGGGUUCACCUCGUCUAAGCGCCGCGAGCACGAUUCGCCAGAGAAGGAUUCGCACGAGAUUCACGAAGCACCGGAAGACUUGAGAGAGAACGCGCGAGAUUUAUAUGUCGAGCGAAUCCACGAAUAUACUCGCGAUGGGACCCGAGAAUCACAGAUUUUAUCAUUGACGAUCUCCCGGAUUCUCUUCCAAAUCGAUGAAACAAUCAUCGCGAUAUAUCUGUCUCUAUAAAUCUCGAGGAUAAAACGCAGAUCUCGCCUAAGAUUUUAAGAAAGAGGGAUACAUAAUUGUCAAUAAAUUUAUUUCAAUAAAAUAAAACUCAAUUAAUGAGAUUAUUGUGUUUAUUGGAUUGAUUUAACCACAAGAAUUAAUUAUUAAAUCAAACUAAUUUAAUCAAAAAAACAUUUCUGUUGUGAAACGAUUGUCCAAUUUGAUGCGACAUCAAUUUUUGCUGAUUGAAAAACAAAAGGAUUUUCGGUGCAAUGAUUGGUCUAAUAAUUGUUCAUUUUAAUUAAUCAACAAGAAAAAACUUUGCUCCUUGUUAUUCUUUCUGAUUCAGAAAUCAUCUCUACGAUCGCUCAAUCGAGACUUUUGUGAUUCGCAAAAUACUUAAUAUAAACAUGUAUGUAAACAUGUAACAACAUAAUAAAGUAAACCAAACGAUAUCUUUCAUCAUAAUCGAUAAAAAUUGCUCACCAAUAAAUAAAAUCGACUGGGAGUUUGAAGAAUUUCCGCAUCUUGAAGAAAGUGAAUGUCCUCGGUGGUCUCGAGUUUCCUACGAUGAUCGAAGAGCUCUCCUCCAUGGGAAGAAGUUGAUCAUCGUUUAAUCGGAUCAAGAUAGAAUGGCGAAUCGAUCGAUAGAUAAAUGUUUCAUUCAAGUAACAUAUAAAUUUGUCCGAUGGCAAUCUGAACGGAAUUAUUAUCAUUUAAUAGACGAAUUGUGAAAGGUGCUUAAUUGCGGAAUCAAAAACUUAAGAGGAAGCUUAUUAUAGAAGAAUCAACAAAGAAUAUACGCGAUAAAGACACGGACGUGUUAAUUAAGACGUGUUAUUAACUAAUUGUGCUUGUGAAAUGCGUACGCGACAUAAUUUAUAAUAGAGACACAACAGUGUAUAUAUAAUUUAUUUAAAGAGUAAUUUAAUUAUUCAACUUGAUUAAACUAUUUCGAAAAAAUUGAGAGUAUCAAGUUCUAAAAAUUCUUCAUAUUUAUCGUAAUAUAAUUCCAUAGAAUUUGAUAUGCAAAAGAGGAUUAAAGGAUAGUGUUAAAUUUACGAAAAAUAUUCUACGAAUUUCUACGAGUUCGGUUCCCGAUCAUUCGAUCUCGACGGCUAGAUAAGGAGCGCGUGAUAAGUCAAAGAGAUUAAUUAAUGUAUACAAGAUUGAACGGAAUGAUUUAUGGUUCACUAAUCCGAUCGGGCCAACCUGCGAACUAAUUUUAACGGUGAGAGAAUGCGAAGUAAACUGAGAGCGGUCGAAAAUAAAUACGGUCGAUCAUAAAUCUAGCGGCGACCAUGUGACAGCGAAUGCCAACACCGUUAUCGCUGACAAAUGCCAAUGAUCACAUGGCCAUAAUUCAGCGCCACACGACAGAGUCAACAAGUGUCAUCCAUCUGUAAAUGCGAUCGAUCGAUCGCGCGUACUUCUUAAGGUGAAUUCGCUCGCGAGGAAGAACUUAUCAAACGAACGAGAUCUUCUUUCGCAAAAAUAUUCAAUAUUAUUAUAAUUAAAGUUAAAUACUACACCGCAAUAAAGAUUUUGCGGCAAAAAAUGGCGUUAUGGACGUUAUAAACGAUAAUUAUAUUUGGUUGGAAAAAAGAUAAAAGCCGGUUUUCGCUCGAAUUUAUAUACGCGAGUGAAACAUAUUUUUAAGAGCAUCGCGAGUUUCUCCGAAAGAUGGAUUUACGUAAAAGCUGAUAGCGUGUAGAAUGAACAAGGACAAUUCGUUUGAAAAGAUUGCAAAGAUAUUGUUUCCAAAUGCCGCAAAAUUACAUGCAAGUGAACUUUGAUUAAAGACUUUCAUCGAGAAAUGCGUAUUUUCCCGAGCGAUCAUUGAUCACACACGGAUAGAGCAUGAUGGGAGAGGUGAUCCGUGUUUCUGGGAGGGCACCGGAUGUUGGUGACAUCCUGAAAGAGGCUAUGCUGUCGCAGAGAUUCGCCGACGUGGCCCUGUGUUGUCCAGGAGGCCAGAGAUUCCUCGCGCAUCGUCUGGUGCUAUCAGCAGCGAGUCCUUAUCUCCAGGAGGUAUUGUUGGCUCAUAGCAAGGCCACCGUUCAUUGUGAGCCGAUUACGGUGAUCCUGGCUGAAAUGGAAGCGCCGGAACUCGCGGCUCUUCUCGGCUUCGUGUACACCGGAAGUGCGACGGUUCCGCGAGUGCGACUGGACGCGUUUCUACGUGCUGCCGAGACCCUACGAAUUCGAUUGCCACCGGUGCCAGUGACGACGACUUGCGCCGAGCGAGUACAAGCGAACUGUAAACUGGAGGAUGUGAAGGACAUCAAAGUUAAUCCCAAGUACCUGCGAUGCAAUCAGUACCCUUGGUACAGAUCGGGGAGACUGUCCUAUGAAGAUCCGCUCGACAGAAAAGAGUCCAGGAUAUUCCCAACGGAGGACAACAGAACUGUCUUCAGGGAUGUCGGGACGCUUCGUGAAAUCAACAAUCCUGGUCCCAGCUCUUUUGAUCCAAGUCCGAACGGAUGGCCAAUUGAUGGUUUCGCAUACCAGGACAGCGCUGCUGAUGCUUCCGCAGAGAAAGAUCACAGCUCAGUGAUAAUCGCCGAUAAAAAUCGCAUGAUAGCUCCUAAUAGCGAAUCGUCCUUCGAUGUUUAUCAGCGAGACGCUUGUCUUCCUGAUAGAUCAUUCGCCGAAGGAUACGGUAAUUUGGAUCCUUCGGAGAGAAUCAGAAUAUCGGGGUACGAGAGAUCGCAGAUGAAUCGUUCCACGGAGAAGCCGAUGGCGAACGAGGACGUUCACGCGGCAGGAUCGGGAGGCGAUUCUUACGGAAGGACACGCGACGAAUGUCCCUGGGGGCACCAGGGCACAAUGCCGUCCUUGCAUUGUCGGACAAGGACGUUCGAGAGGACGACCGAUUACGGUUCGCAGACGGCGGCGGGCGAGGAUCUCAGCUGCGGCGAAAGUUGUUGUAGGUGGAGGACCGUCCGCAGACACGUGGCCAAUCGCGUCACCGCGUCGCCGUGGCGCCAGAUUAUCAGGCCUCAUCAUUCACCGAGAACCCCGCGGUCCGUCGUACCCCAACGUCACGUCGAUGACGAAAUUCAGAAGAAGCCUCUAACUCCAGAACCAAUUCGAUCUACGGUAAUAUCGAUGAGCCCGAAGGUCCAUUCCCCAAUUAGGAAUACGCAGAGAAAUGAUGGAUUCUACGCUGUCGAAGUUCCUACUAAUUGCGAGAUGAGCUUAAAUGAUACGAGAUCGCGCGAGGUAAUCGGUGGUCCAGAGACCACAAACAUGCAGGAGAUCUAUCGAUCUCCACCAGCUUCAUUCGUACCUUGCAAUCAAAUCGCGUCGCCUGCGAGCACGUUGAGAAGUGACGAACCACCCUUUCAAAACGUCAGCACCACACCUAGUGUAGCGCGAUUGUUACCCGCCAUUAAUGAAAGCGUUAUCACGAAUUCCGGCGGACACACGACGUCGAUUCCGGUUGCGCAGACGCCGCAGAAACACGAACUGUCACUUCCGAUCAGCAGACUUUGCGACACGGUCGAGUCUGACGAAAAGAUGGAAUCUUCGAGGGUGGAGAUGGCGAACACGGAGAAGAAUGAGGAGGAGAGCAUCGCGAGGAUUCUUGUUAAUAGUGAUAAUAACAAUAACAACGAGACGAUCAUCAGCACGAUCGGCGUGGCUCAACGCGAACGAACGGUCGACGAUCACAGAUGCGAUCAGUGCGGAAAGACCUUCGUCACGAGAGCCUCGCUCAAGGUGCACAGCCGAACACACUCCGGCGAGAAGCCGUUUCGCUGCGCCGAUUGCGGCAAGCAGUUCUCGCAGCUGCGCAACUACAAGUAUCACCGCAGCGUGCACGAGGGCACGCGGGAGUUUGCCGCGACUUGUCCGGAAUGCGGCAAGUACUUCAACGAUCGCGGUUACCUGAGCUCGCACAUGAAGAUCCAUCGGAAUCGCAAGGAAUACGGAUGCGCGGAAUGUGGGAAGAGCUUCAACCAGCGCGUGGCCUACAACAUGCACGUGCGCAUACACACGGGUGUAAAACCGCAUCAGUGCGAGCAAUGCGGCAAGGCGUUUUCGCGGAAGAUGCUGCUCAAGCAACAUCUCAGGACCCAUUCCGGCGAGCGGCCGUACCAGUGCCAGGUCUGCCACAAAGCGUUCGCCGAUCGCUCCAACAUGACCCUCCACACCAGGCUACACUCCGGCCUGAAGCCCUACCAGUGCAACCUGUGCUCCAAGGCCUUUACCAAGAAGCACCACCUCAAGACUCACCUUAACUAUCAUACUGGUACUAAGCCGUACUCCUGCUCCAACUGCGGCGGCAGGUUCUCGCAGAGUAGCAACAUGAGGACUCACUUCAAGAAGUGUAUCGUUAACAACGCCGUCGGAUUAAUCAAGUCCGGCGACGAGACUAGAGUCGAUCGCGUCGAUCGCGUCGAUGCCGAAGGCAACGUAGCGCCGCAAAUGGCCUUGACGCCGCCUAACUCCGAUCAGGAGUCCAGCAUCCUGACGCCGAUACAGGGCAACACGUAGCGGUGCUCUUUGAUGCGAGGAAAAAGAUAGAUACCUGUAUUUCGAAAGUGGAUAAGAUUGACGAAGAAUGAAGUGAAAAUGCUGUUGCAACCGCAUCAUUAUGAGUAUAUGUUCGAGGGAAGAUGGUGCGCUUGGAAAACGUGUUUCUCAAUAGUAAUUUAAUUGGAAAUAGACUGCGAGCUUUCACACUUUACAUUUGCGAGAGGUUAGUACACGUUCGUAAACAUUUUCUAGGAUAUAUCGAGUUGUUGUCGAUUAUAGGACGUCUAGAGAUGGCUACGCAAUUAGAAAAAGAAAUUGCAUUAAUUAAUUUUAAAAAAGUACGCAGUUGUGCGUAGUUUUGCGCACUUUUUUUCAAUCUGAUAUUUAGUUAAUUGAAGUAAUUGAAGAAUCGAUAUAGUAUAACAAUCAUUGCACUGUGCCUUAUUUAGUUCCUGUAUUUAUAAUUAAUCUCAAUGUACAUAUACAAAACUCUAUGCUAACGUAAUACAAUAAUUAACAAUUUGGAAUAAAAUUUGAUAUUCGAGAGAUUCGUGUUAAAUUGGGCGUCCAAAUUAAUAUUUUCAUGAAAGGCUUCUCGAUUUGUUUUUUAUUGUAUAAAUUGUUGAUUCUUGAUCCCGAAAAUUUAUUUGCACACAUCUAUGACUUGUAUGUUCGUUUUUUUUUAAGUAGAUAUUUAUAAAAUUUCUAAUCAGUAAAGUGUAAAAUUAUAAAUUGUAAAAUUUCCAGCUUCUUGAUAUUUAUAGAUUUAUUGAUUUAAAUUCUUAUAGAUUUCCGUUAAAUCUAUAAAUAAUUUAUAGAAAGUACUUUACUUCGUUAAUAUUUAAAAUUUAAAAUUAAAUGAUAUUUAAUUAUUUAUUAAAAGACUUAAGAGAUGACAAUAGAAGUAGAAAUCAAAGAAAAACGACACCAAUCUCAAUCACUCAUUAUUAACGUAUCGAUUAGCGCAGCAAAUAUUGUAAAUAUUUUAACUUCAAAAUUUGAAAAUCGAAAUCUCUACCUUCAUAGCAUUCGUUCAAUUAUUAUAUAGCAAACUUGCUCUUAUAUCGGGAAUGAUUUCAAGGAAUCGAGAAAUAGAUCGCUUCCUUAUCGUUUGCAUCGAGCAAUUAAUAGCCCGUUCGCCGAAACUGCAAUAUGUGAUUGCAACAUGGGAAAUCCAAUUGUCGAUUGCAACACAAAUGGCAACUGCAAAUGCAAUCGGAAAGUAUACCGCUUAUAAGAGAAGUAUCUUUUCGUAUUUGAAAGUAGCCGCCAGAAAAGGUGAUUCGAAGAACAAAACAACAGAACUUCCAUAUCAGCGUAAAUAGUACACAACUUUUUUUCUAAGGAAGUGUUCUUAUAGCAACACUUCACAGAUCUUUAUGGCCGAUAUUCAUAAUUCUUAUAUUUAAAAUCAUUUCAAAUAUGGCCUUAAGAUGCUAUGCGAAUUUCGUUGAUUGAAUGGAACCUUAAAACAACUUAAGACAUUUAAAACGAUUUUAAAUAUAAGAGCAGACUGUGAAUACCGGUCUUAAAGAUCUAUUGUCAGAGCAACUUUGUUAACGACUUAAGUGUGAAAAUUUUAGGACAUAAAAAUUAUCGUGGAAUUUUUUUUGCAUCGCGCGAGUAAUCUGACGCUCGAAUUCAAUCAUAGAAAUUCUUAUCUAAAGAUCGAUUGAGAUAUAUAAAUUAAUAUCAAUAAAAAAUGGAGGGACUUAAAGAAUCUCUGAAUGAUAAGAAAAAGGCAUGUAGAAGAAAUAAUGAUAGAUUAAAAAAAUCGAAUUUAGAUACAUAAAUAAAUAAAUUUUCUAAUCGCUCUGCGAUAAAAUAUAAAAAUUGUGUAUAUCAAGUAUAUAAUUUUUUUUUCAAAUACAUUCUGAAAUUAAGUCGAUUAUACACAUGUUAUUAAAAAAAUUUAUAAAAUAAAAUGGAAUAAAAUUUAUAUCCUUAAUUAAGGGUAUGUGAUAAAUUCGGAAAAGUGUCUAAAACACAACACGCAUGCGCGAUAUCAUAUAUAUUAUUUGGUACAGUAAUAUAGUUUAUUAAUAAACUCAUUGCAUGUUAAUAGAAAAAUAUUUUUAAUACAUGUAUAUUCUGUUUAUAAAGCAAAGUGUAAUAAGUUAACGAAUAAUAAAAUACAAAUAAGCAUUUAUAUUGUACAGUUAUAUUCAAUUGUGGACAGAUUAA